UUUGGUGAUGAAGUGAAGUCAGUGUCAGUGAUGGAGGGACUUUCUGUUACUCUACACACUGGUACACAACUACACACACGAUAUGUGAUCCAGUGGAGGUUUGGUGUUCAGACUCCAGAUGAGAUUAUAGCUGAAAUCAACAGAAAAGCCAAUAUUGAAUCAUUUAUCAGUGAGAGAUUGAAGAAUCAUGUAGAGAUAGACGAUCAGACUGGAUCUCUCAUCAUCACAAACAUCACAACUCAACACUCUGGACUUUAUCAUGUAGAGAUCUUUGGAAAUAAAUUUCAAUACAAACGGUUCAAUGUUACUGUCUAUGCUCAUCUGCCUGUUCCUGUUAUCUCCAGAGUCUCUUCUCAAUGUUCUUCAUCAUCUUCAUCAUCAUGUUGUUGUGUGUUGUGUUCAGUGAUGAAUGUGUCACAUGAUGUGAGUGUCUCCUGGUACAAAGGAAAGAGUUUAUUGUCCAGCAUCAGUGUGUCUGAUCUCAACAUCAGACUCUCUCUACCUCUGGAGGUGGAAUAUCAGGAUACAAACACAUACAGAUGUGUGGUCAACAAUCCCAUCACAAACCUCACACAACAUCUACACAUCAAUCAACUCUUUCACACGUGUGCAGUCAGCAACCAGACUCAACAUCUCAACAUCACUGAUGUCUGUCACAAGUGUCCAGUUUGUGUCAGCUGUUGUGGAUUCACUGAAGCUGUGAUCCGAUUGGUCGUCUCUGCUCUGGUGGGCGUGGCGACUGUUGCUGUUCUGAUCUAUGACUUCAGAUCCAGAUGA